GCCUUGUCACGUGCCUUCGACGUGGGAAAGAAAAUAUUCAAUUGUGCCGCUAUAGUUUGUAAAUUCACAAAUCGAUUAUUAGGGCUAAAGGCUUUAGGUUAGGGUUUUCGGAUCGACAAAUUCGUCGGCGAUGGCAGCGAUCAGCUUGCGCAAGGGCAACACUCGGCUCCCGCCGGAGGUGAAUCGAGUGCUCUACGUGCGCAACUUGCCGUUCAAUAUAACGAGCGAGGAGAUGUACGACAUAUUCGGCAAGUACGGUGCCAUAAGGCAGAUUCGCAUCGGGACGAACAAGGACACCCGCGGCACAGCUUUUGUGGUGUAUGAGGAUAUCUACGAUGCCAAGACCGCCGUCGACCACCUGUCAGGUUUCAACGUGGCGAAUAGGUACCUCAUUGUUUUGUAUUACCAGCAGGCGAAGAUGAGCAAGAAGUUUGACCAGAAGAAGAAGGAAGAUGAGAUUCAGAAGUUGCAGGAGAAGUACGGGAUUGGCACUCCUGCUGCUUCCAAAGAUAAGUAGUGAGUGACGCGAUGUUUUUCACCAACUAGUUUUAUGAAAGCUGCCUCUGCCCCUGCCCCUGCGGUUGUAAUCUCGCCUUUAUUUAGGCCUUUCAUUCGUACUAGAUUGUUUAAAUUGCAAUGCUUGUGUAAACAAAUUCGUCUUGAUGGAAUUUCAAUCACAAAUAUGGAUCGAGUCGUGUAAAAACACAAAAAUUGUAAAUUCACGGCUUCGGCGGAUUGGCAAAAUGCAGAUGCUGUUCUUCUUGCU